GCAGAGCUGACGAUACGCGAUAAAUAAAUUUACAAGUUUAAUCGGCCUCAAACUUGGAGAGAUGACUUUUUGCAAGACUUGGUGUGUUGCGGUCCUGCUUCUGCCUCUGCUGAUAUCAGCUCAGUACCACGGGGACAACGGGAUAGUGGUCCCGGAGCACGGAUUUUGUCAGCCGAUUUCGAUACCUUUGUGCACGGACAUCGCCUACAACCAAACCAUCAUGCCCAACUUAGUGGGCCACUACAACCAGGAGGACGCAGGGCUGGAGGUGCACCAGUUUUACCCCUUGGUGAAGGUACAGUGCUCCCCGGAGUUGAAAUUCUUCCUGUGCUCCAUGUAUGCGCCCGUGUGCACAGUUUUAGAGAAGGCCAUUCCUCCGUGCAGGUCGAUCUGUGAGAGGGCCAAGCAAGGAUGCGAGGCUCUCAUGAACAAGUUUGGCUUUCAGUGGCCGGACCGACUGCGCUGCGAGAACUUCCCUGUCCUGGGAGACGGACAGAUCUGCGUGGGCCAGAACGACUCCUCCACAUCCACCGUCCCCACCACGACUGUUACGGGCACCCAGGACCCCUCCAUAGUCCCCUCACAUGAGAAGCCCUUCCGCUGCCCGCCUUCUCUGAAAGUCCCACCAUAUUUAAAUUAUAAAUUUUUGGAGGAGAAGGAUUGUGCAGCUCCCUGCGAGUCAUCAAGGAGCGGUGGGAAGAUGUUUUUCAGUGAUAAAGAGAUUCAUUUCUCCCGCAUAUGGAUUCUAGUUUGGUCUGUGCUUUGUUGUGCAUCUACUUUAUUCACAGUAACCACUUAUUUAGUUGACAUGCAACGUUUCAGAUACCCAGAGCGACCCAUCAUCUUCUUGUCUGGCUGCUACACUAUGGUCUCCAUAGCCUACAUAGCUGGCUACUUCCUCGGGGAUAAGGUGGUGUGCAAUGACAGCUUCAACCCUGAUGGCUACAAGACCAUCGUCCAAGGCACCAAAAAGGAAGGCUGCACCAUCCUCUUCAUGAUGCUCUACUUCUUCAGCAUGGCCAGCUCCAUCUGGUGGGUCAUCCUGUCCCUCACCUGGUUCCUGGCAGCAGGUAUGAAGUGGGGUCAUGAGGCCAUCGAGGCAAACUCUCAGUAUUUCCACCUGGCGGCCUGGGCGGUUCCAGCUGUGAAGACCAUCAGCAUCCUGGCCAUCGGGCAGAUUGAAGGCGACGUGCUCAGUGGUGUUUGCUUUGUGAGUCUCAGCAACCUGGACCCUCUGCGGGGCUUCGUGCUGGCCCCCCUCUUUAUUUACCUCUUCAUCGGCACCUCUUUCUUGCUGGCCGGCUUUGUGUCACUGUUCAGAAUCCGCACCAUCAUGAAACACGACGGCACCAAGACGGAGAAGCUGGAGCGACUGAUGGUGCGGAUUGGGGUGUUCAGCGUGCUCUACACCGUCCCCGCCACUAUUGUUAUCGCCUGCUUCUUCUACGAGCAGGCCUUCCGCCCGCACUGGGAGCGGAGCUGGGUCAUCCAUAACUGCAGGAGCCUGGCCAUCCGUUGCCCUCUGCAGGGAAGGCAUCAAACACCACACAUGACCCCUGACUUUACCGUCUACAUGAUCAAGUACCUGAUGACGCUGAUAGUGGGCAUCACCUCUGGUUUCUGGAUCUGGUCUGGAAAGACUCUGCACUCCUGGCACAAGUUCUACACGAGGCUGACAAACGGCAAACAUGGGGAGACCACAGUGUAGAAUAAAUUGGCAAUCUAAAUGUUGCUGGGACUAAUUUGUGUUCUAUUACCUGUUCCUCGUGUGAUAGGUAAGUUGCACAGUGAGUAGCUAUAGGUUUAUUUGCGUUUGCCUCAGCUUCAUAGUCACUUAUGCAUGCCAGACUGAGGGUUAGGUUUUGACAAAAAGACAAGCUGGAUAAACACGGACUGAACCUGACUGUCUGAACAAAUAACAAUCAUGGCUACGGAUGCCAUGUGCUGAAAUGCUCUCCUCAUCCUCUCUGGCUCUUUUCUUAAAGCCACCAUAAACUGCAGGGGAGUGAUGAUCCAGCAGCCAAGACCACAGAGAGGGAGGAAAUGAGCUGUGGAAGAAUUUUUUUCCCCUUGUCUGUACACAUUUCAUGUACAAUUUAAUGGAAUUGUAAAUAGUAUUUGUAAAAACAUGAAAUUAUAUAUUUGUAUUUAAAGAAAGUAAAUACUUUUCCUUAUCUGCCAGUGUACCUGCUUUACUUACUGUUGCACAUCCAGACAUGCCUGUUUUUGUUCAUUCCUUCUGAUAAAUUCUGUCUUUUUACGACAACAAUGCUACAGUGUCUACAUUUCAGUCUGUUGGAUGGCUUUCAAGAAGUUUUUUUUCGAGCACACUGUACCAUUAUUCUUCUUUAACAAAAAACAUGUGCUGAGUUUCUGCAGAAUGUGCAGAUAUCAUCAAACAGCUACAUCAAAUACCUAAUUGUAGUUCAAGGAGGGAAAGCUUGUUCAGUCUUUUUCUUUCAUUUUUUUGCCCUUCCAUAUGUUCAGUAUUCUUUUCAAUGAUUAAAUGCUCUUGAUAACAA